AUGGGGGGAACAGGGUGCGAAGAUAAAAGGAAAGCUCUACAACGUAUCUUGGCUAGGAAACGUGUGAAUUUCGUAUCUAUACAAGAAACUAAAAUGGCUAAAGCUGAUAGUUUCAGGAUUAAGAGUCUUUGGGGGAAUUAUGAUUAUGAUUUUGCUGAAUCUUUGGCUUUGGGAAGGUCAGGUGGUCUGCUUUCUAUUUGGGAUCUGGAUUCCCUUAAAAAAGAAGAUAGUAUGAUUUUUGACCGCUUCAUUGUUGUGAAAGGAACGUGGGUUGCUUCUAAUGUCAGUUGUCAUAUGAUUAAUUUGUACGCGCCCCAAAAUGAAAAUGAAAAGGUUAAGCUUUGGUCUAAGAUCUUGGCAUUUAUGGACUCAAAUAGUGGUAAUUUACUUAUUUGUGGUGAUUUUAACUCUGUUCGUGGCAGAGACGAUAGGAUGGGCACCUUAUUCUCCAGUGUCAAUGCUUCUAAUUUCAAUUUGUUUAUUACAACGGGGAACUUGAUUGACAUUCCUAUGGGCAGACACAAAUACACGAGAAUAUCUAGAGAUGGUUUAAAAGCGAGUCGUCUUGAUCGUUUUCUUGUUAACCAUUCUUUUGCCGAUAGUUUUCCGAAUGUUAUUUUGGAAGCUUUGGAUGAUAUUAUCUCUGAUCAUAGACCUCUUUUACUGAUGCAAAGAUCGAUGGAUUAUGGUCCGACCCCGUUUAAGCUAUAUAAUUCUUGGAUGAUGGAUGCUGAUUUCGACAUGAUCCUUAAUGAUUCAUGGGUGAAUGUUGACGGCAGUCCAAUACAAAGUGCGUUUGUAACUUUUAAAGAUAAACUCAAGAAGUUAAAAAAUAAUCUAAAGACCUGGAGAAAGUCAUUAAAGAACGUGGCUGGCUUGGAUGAUAUUACAGCGGACAGCUAUUAUUGA